AAAUAGCUGGGACUCAAUAGCCCCAUUCAUGCAGAAAACGUCACAACAGCCUCCAUCAGCUGACUCUAGCCGGACACGCAUGGGCCAUGUGAUGGCAGCAUCGUGACGGCCAAUUUCGUUCGCCAGGGACACACGAUCGCAGGAGAUCGAGACGGCGGUCGUACGGAGCCAGGCUCCGAUCAACGCCUCGGUUGUUUGGGGGAGAAAACAUUCUUCUCUCUCUCUCUUUGUCAAUCUCUCUUUUUGGCGUUCCUAUUUCAGAUGAAAAAAGACGCACGCAGAACGCCUCCAAAGUCACCGCUGGAAAAUUCCAAAGUUUAGAGAAGGCGCGUGAAGUGGUAUCAAUUUUGUCAUGGAGGGUGAAGGAGGUAAUGAAGGCCUUUGCGCGGGCUGUGAGGAGGAGCCGUCGCCACCGCCACUGCCGGUUGUCCCUGGAGACGCGGAGGCGGUUGCGAUGGAGGGCUGGCUGAGCGCGUGCGGCCUGAGCCAGGAUGAGGCGGCUCACAUCAUGGAGGUUCUGCAGCGCGAUGCGCAUCUGCGCCAACUCGAGGAUCGCAAGAUCGGCGAGCUGAAGGAGCACCUCCAGGAGAAGAAGAGCAUGAUGGGACUCCUCGCACGGCAGGAGGCCUUCAACGACAAGUGCUGCAUCCUGUGCUACAGCCCGUUCCUCAUCCUGAUCAACUCUCGCGAGCGAUGCCAGAGCUGCUGCCUCUACGUGUGCCGCGACUGCAGCGCCUACAACCGGCAGGCCAAGGCCCGGCUCUGCAGCGUCUGCCUAAAGCAGAGGCUCCUGAAGGCGCGAUCGUUUGAGUGGUACUACGACACGGUGAGGAAACGCUUUAAGCAGUUUGGCAGCGCCAAGGUGAAGCUGUGGCUCUCUCAGCUGCUGCAGGGCCCCCAGAAGCAGGAGGAGGAGGAGGUGGUGGUGGUGGAAGGAGAAGCUGUUGAAAAUGUUGAAAAUGGAGGAUAUAAGCGAAUUAAACCAGACACGCAGAUGUCGGAGGAGUGGGUGAUCGCCCUGCGCAUGGCUCAGGACGCGGUGCAGGAUGCCGUGGACACCGCGGAGGCUGAGGCCGACAGCCUGGAGGCACAAAAUGAGCUCCAGUUCUUGAAGGAGCAUCGUAUCGAGGUGACCGAGGAACUCACCACGACCAUUUACCAGCAGCUCAUGCGGCGCCAUCGCAGCUCGCAGGCGUCGGCACCGGUCGAGUGGAGCCGCGAGCGCAUUGGCUCACGGCGCCUCUCCGUGCCGAGCACCGCGUCGGAGCAGGUGUUCAACGCGACGCGCACCGACUGGUACCACGAGGCCGCGCUCAGGAGGGCACGGUCAGACUUCAUUGUGAGCAACUGGAAAGUGAUGGAGGAUGGACCGGAAUUGAUCAUGGAGUCCGAAGACUCGGCCGGCGAGCACGGCUUCUCGGCGCAGCACCGCGCGGCUAAGCCACGCCGGAGCUCCUGUCGCCUCACCGACGGCGGCGCCAGCGGACGGGCGAGGACUCGCUCCCGGGAGGACGCGGACGGGCCGCGCCGCGCCCGCUUUGGAUCCUCCGACUCAGAGUCCGGUCGGGCGCUGGCAGAGCCGCCGCCGCCGCCGCCGCCGUGGUCGGCACUGUCCCGGCCUCUUGCAGACUCGGCUGAGAACUCGGAGCGGGAUGAGUUCCCGCCGGAGGAGGACACGAGGCCCAGGCGCCGGAGAAGCGGGCAGCAGCAGCAGCAGCGGCCGACGCGCUCGCUCACCGCCUCGAUGGAGGCCAUGGCGGCGCACCUGGGCAGCAACGAGCGGCUCUACACCUCCAACCAGCUCCCUCUCCUCGUCAAGCGGCUGAUUGCUAUAGAGCAGAGCCUGUACCGGCUGGAAGGCCGAGUUGGCAGCUCUGUGGCUCUGGAUGAGGACGCCUUUAAUCAGCACAAGGAGAACCGCGGCUCGGCGCAGCCGCCCUUUGAAGAUGACCGACCGGAUCCCCCCAUGGAUAACGGUUGGGCCACGGCUCGGAACCAGCAGCCGCAGCAGCACCAACGCAAGCCAUUUGGGCAGCAGGAGGAGGACGACGUGGAGAGGGAGGACGAGGCAGGGCAUCCGUUGUACCGGCGAUUUGAAGAGUCGACGGAACCACUGAGUGACUUUUCUGAUGACGGCGAUGAGAUGCAGGGCGAGCCCCGACGGAGGAAUGACGGCGACAGGUGGCGAGGAGAGUGGAAGCCGGCCAUGCAGGUGACCCCAGGGAAUGGCAGGGCGAGCCGGCAUGUGUGGCGCCAAAGGAACAGAGAGACGAGCAGCCCCUACAGCACGGACACCGACCUCUCCGAGCUCGAGAACCAAAUGGCCAGCACCAAGGCCCACCUGGAGGAUGCCGAGAGCCAGGUGUCCGACAUUGAGAAUCGGAUCGCUGCCCUGAACAUCCAGCCCAGGAAGAGUGGGACACAGUCGACGUGAGGCCAAACACUGAAGAGAGACCGGCGGAGGAAGACAGCCGACACUAAGUAACUUGCACCUCCGUGUGGAUGUAAAACGCCGUGUGCUUGGCGUAGCAAAUGAAGAUGCCUCGAUGGGUGAUCCAGGAUUUUCAUCUCGGACCCCGGCCGUCGACUCCAGAGUGCGGAUCCUCACAAAGAUGCCAAGGAUAUUUAUGAGGUCGAGGGAAGCUCAAGAAGGAAUUUGUUUUGAGUUUGUUGUACACCGUAUGACAGCUACUUCGCAGCGAGUAAAAUUAAAAUGCGUUUUGUCCCGACAGUUGUUCUUCGUUGUACGAAUGUAUUUGUGCUAAUAUACUUCAAGACGAUUAUCAUGACUCUGUGUGUGUGUACACAUCUGUGUCCAUGCGUGUGUACAUGUAGUGUCUAUACACAAGUGGGGG